AUGGCCUCCCGACUCCCCGCUGCAUCCUCCAUCCCCUUACGGACCCCGGAAGAGGAGGUGGAAGUCCCAGUUCCAGAGAGUCACAGCAGCGUCAGCAACCUGAAGAAGUCGACGAGUUUAGGCGAGCUGAAGAGGGAGAGUAGUACCGGCAGUGGGAGCCAGAACAGUGGAGACGACGACAACUAUCCUCAAAAGCAGCAAAACGCAAGAAGAAAGGGCUUAUUUCCCCGGGCCCCGGCCGCAGCAGCAGCAGCUCCCCCAGCGGCGGCAGCUGGAAGGGUCGCCUACCGUCGAAGCAGCAGCAGCAGCAGUGGAGGCACAGCAGCGCUCGCCUCCUCCUGCAGGAGUUGCCGCGGCCCGUCUUCCUCGCGACGACAAUCUCUACGCGAGUCUUGUGCGCUAUCAAGAAGAGAACGACGACAAUACGACAGUGUCCAUGCCGAGCGAUGCUUUGCGUAG